AUGAAGAGUGGUGUUGAAGAAACAAGAAAUAUUUUUAUUGUCACUUCCGGGAAAGGAGGCGUUGGCAAGUCAACGAUUGCCUGCCAAUUGGCGAUGGGUUUGGGCAAACAGGGUCUUAAGGUCGGUCUCUUGGAUUUGGAUCUUUGUGGACCAUCGGUUCCUCGGAUUAUGGGACUUUGCGAUGCAAGUGUUCAACAAUGUCCAGAAGGUUGGUUGCCCGUUGUAGCAAAUACAGUUGACAAAAACAUUUUUGUCAUGUCAAUUGCGUUCCUCCUUAAGGAGAAGGAUUUUGCUGUUGCUUGGCGGGGUCCCAGAAAGAAUUCCAUGAUUGAUCAGUUCCUCUCCAAAGUGGUAUGGGGUCAGUUAGACGCCCUCGUAAUCGACACCCCACCGGGGACUUCAGAUGAACAUAUAUCGGUGGUGGAGAAGAUUCGAGAGUAUUCCAGUAAUGCUCUUCGUGGAGCUAUUAUUGUCAGUACGCCACAACGGGUCGCCAUUUGCGAUAUACGGAGACAGUUGACAUUCUGCACAAAGCUUGGUCUUCCUGUUAUCGGAUUAAUUGAAAAUAUGAGUGGAUUUGAGUGCCCCAAUUGCGGGGAAUCACUUUAUCUAUUCGCUACCGGAGGAGUUGAAGCACUUGCGAAGGAAAGGGGCAUUGAUUUUCUGGGUCGUAUACCCCUUGACUGUCGAAUAACUAACAUAUCCGAUCAGGCUGCGUCUUUCGAGGAAAAAAUGAAGCUGGCUCUGCCUUCGGACUCACCUUUGAUGACUUACUUGAUGUCUAAUUAUUUUGGAGAUGGAAAUAAGUUGUAA